AUGGCCUUUUCUAACGAAGCCUUUGUCGAAGAUGAAUCGGUUUCAGGCCCUUCUACACCUCUGGCUGGAUCCCCGGGUAAAGGUUCGUCCUACAGUGGUUACUCUUAUUCAGAUUCUGAUGGUUUGAAACCGAAACGUUUGUCUUUAUCGAACUGUUGUCUCAUCUGCAUCUGUAUCAUCGCCAUUGUCAUUUCUGUGUCCAUGAUCUGUUUUGCUUUUACCAACUGUUACUAUAUUCAUAUAUUUGCUUUCACAGAGGACAAGAAAGGAGACAUAAAACCACAAACGACAGAGUACGUAUUUACUCGACCUCCUCCACAAACACCUAGAUCAACGAUGAUGCGAGUUUCAGAAUCUACAACACAAACAACUUCCAAAACAACUCAACAGUCUACCAAAUCUCCAUCAACAACAAAAACAACAACAGAAAGCAUGGACACAGAAGAAACAGAGCAAUCUACUUCCCUAUCGACUUUGGAAACAUCAGAUGAACCUCGUACAAUAAAUCUUAUAACAAGUACAACCGCAUCUACCAAUUCAACACAAGGCACUCCUACCAAUACCAAUUCAACACAAAGCACUCCUACCAAUACCAAUUCAACACAAGGCACUCCUACCAAUACCAAUUCAACACAAGGCACUCCUACCAAUAUCAAUUCAACACAAGGCACUCCUACCAAUACCAAUUCAACACAAGGCACUCCUACCAAUACCAAUUCAAUACAAGGCACUCCUACCAAUAUCAAUUCAACACAAGGCACUCCCACUACUCAAGUGUCCCUCAAUACAAAUUCAACACAAGGACCUACUACUACUGAAGUGCCUAUCAAUACAAAUUUAACACAAGGCACCCUUUCAACUCAAGUGCCACACCUUUCAACUACAACAACUAUCAGUACAGUUGAUAAGUUUACUGGUGCAACCACAUCAGAAUUAAGUGCUUCAACACCUACCACAACAACACAAUCUUCUACAAGUACAAAAAACAAUGAUCUUAGUUCAACUUUAAAAGCCUCAAGUACAGAAACAUUUGUAUCUACCAGUUCAAAAUCAACAAAAGUAAAUGAUUCUAUAACUACGACACAAGUGCCCCCAACAACACCACUGUCUUCAUGUACAAUAAGUACUGUAACUAACAUGACACAAACAACUUCAACUCCAGCCAUAUCAACAGUGCAACCUUCAACAACAACAGAAGAAAGUGAAACAUCUAAAACUACAAUUCAAGUGCCUUUGACAACACAAUCCUCACAUACAAGUACAAUAGAUUAUGUUACUAGUCCAACAUCAACAAUUUCAACUCAAGCCAUCCCAACAAUACAAUCAACAACAAUGCCAAGUACAGAUAACCAUGUAACUAGUUCAACAACAAAAUCUUCAACAGAAUCUUCUACUACAAUAGCUGCAGAAUAUACCAGUACAAACUCCGAGUGAAACAAUCAAAAGUGAUACAACAACUGCUAGCUGUCACAAAGGUUCCUGAUAGUUCAAAAACACCAUCUACUGCAUCUUCAGCAUCUGCAACAGAAAUCCGAAUUUAGAAUUACUUAGAGCUAUUUUUAGAAUAUACGUGCCAGUAUUAUUUAGAUAAUCAAAGUUUACCAUAAGCAGAAACACUCCAAAGAUUAUUUUCUGUAAUGCAGCGCUGUCAAAAUACUGGUACGUAUGGAACUAGUUCAUUUUAUCAACAGUCAUCAUUUAGACUGGCAUCUUUUAUGAUGUCAUAAACAUAAUAAUCCAUUCAAUAAUAUGAUCAUCAUCAUCGUGAAAAACGUGUACAUAUGUCAGUGUCUGAAUAUAAUCUUUGAA